AUGCCAGAAUCUGCCUUGUGCAGGUCUUCCUCCUCACGCUCCCAAGACGGUCCUCGCAUCCAAACGGAUCACCCAACCAACUGUUUCUAUGGGACAUUGUUGCCCCCUUCAACUCGGCCCCGCACGGAUGUCUUCUUCUACCAGGCAGAUGACGACCAUCACAUCCCACGGGCUAUCAUGAUUGAGCUCGAACCACGGGUGAUCAAUACCAUCUUGACCAGCGAAUACAGCAAGCUGUACAACCCAGAGAACGUCUAUCUUUCAAAGGACGGCAGCGGGGCGGGCAAGGACGGCGGCGGGGCGCGCAAGGACGGCGGCGGGGCGCGCAAGGACGGCGGCGGGGCGCGCAAGGACGGCGGCGGGGCGCGCAAGGACGGCGGCGGGGCGCGCAAGGACGGCGGCGGGGCGCGCAAGGACGGCGGCGGGGCGCGCAAGGACGGCGGCGGGGCGCGCAAGGACGGCGGCGGGGCGCGCAAGGACGGCGGCGGGGCGGGCAAUAGCUGUGCGGCUGGCUACGAGACCGGAGAGAAGAUCUACAAGGAGGUCAUGGACAUGCUUGAUCGCGAGGCCAAAGGAUCAGAUCCACUCGAGGGAUUCAUGCUCUUACAUUCAAUCGCCGGCGGAACCGGAUCUGGACUGACUCUGCCUCUGCUAUUGGUUCGGACGCCAUAG